ACGUGGCAUUUGCAUUUAAUGCUACCUUCUUUUCCCUCUUCUCUUUGUACUUCUUUCUGACCAAUCAUAUCACCUUUUCCCUUCACAUUAGCAAGCUAGCAAGAGUGUGUUGAGGUCACAUCAUGUCAAGAGAGUUUGAUUUCAUCAAGGAUCUCACCAAAGAUAGGGAGAUUUGGAAAAUAGCUGUAAGAGUGGUUGACACUUGGACUGUUAUAGGCACCAAUGGUUUUCCACAUGUUGAAAUGGUUAUUGCUGAUUCAAAGGGUGAUCGUGUUCAAGCUAUAACUCGCCAUAAGGAAUUUGAACAUUGGAAGGAAUUUGUUGUCUACAAUAAUGUCUAUGUUUUGCAUAACUGUCAUGUUUAUGAUAAUGAUGCAGGUUUUAAAACCUGUGAUAGUCCAUACAAAGUUGUGUUUGGAUCCGGUACCAAGUUCAUGAAAGAUGACUCUAUCACUAACAUUCCUCCUCAUCAUUUUCGCUUCAAAAGUUUUAAGGAAGUUCAGGAUGGAAAGUUUAAAAUCAAUAUUUUGUAUGAGAUCAUUGGCGUUCUUCAUGAAGUUGUCAAAACUCAGACCGCAGCUUCUGGAAAAAAACCUUGCACAAAUUUAAUCUUGGCUAAUGAAAGUGGAGACAUGGUUGAUGUUACUUUGUGGGAAGCUUUUUCUACUCAAUUACAAAACUUCAUUUCUGGUCGCAAAGAAAAGGGUCCAAUCUUUUUAAUCCUAACACAUGCUCAGUGUAAACUAGGAGAUAAUGGGAGGCCAACCUUUUGUAACAAUUGGUCAGGAUCACAGCUUUUAAUCAAUCAUAACCACCCAGAUGUUGCCAACUUUAAGUCUUUAUUUAAAGACAUUGAAAACUCUCAAGCUGCUACUCAAGACUUUACUCAGGUUUCGUCUUCAUCUCAAUUAGGCAAAGAUGACCACUUCUCAAAUAUGUCUCAGGUCAAAACUAUUGCUCAAAUGAAACUCUCUCAAAAGGACUCAUAUUGCAUUACUGUUGGAACAACCAAAAAAUUCAAUCCUAAUCAAUUUGGUUGGUACUAUGAGAGUUGUUCCAAAUGCACAAAGUCCUCAAGGUCUAUGGGUGAGAAUUAUACAUGCUCAUGUGGUGAAAAUGUCAAACUUCCAAUUGCUAGGUACAAAGUUGUUAUUCAAGUUGAAUCCGAAGGACAUAAGGCUGAUUUUGUUUUUUGGGAUAGUGAAUGUCAUGGUAUUAUUGGUACAACUGCUGAGGAACUAAGGGAGAAAAUGAAGAAGGUUGGUGAGGACGAUCCCAAAAUCUAUCCUAUUGACCUUGACAAGCUACUCAACUUAGAGUUUGCAUAUAAAGUCAAGUACCAAACUUAUUAUCGUCAAGCUUCCAUUAAUCAAAUGACCAAUGAUCCAACACUUAUUGCUAACAUCAAGCUUCACAUGAAUUUAAAACAUCCUUCACAAUCUGUUGAAAUUGAACUCAAAGAUGGAACUAAUUCUCAAAAGGAGAACACUGAAUGCUCUGAUUCUUUGGCAUUUGUUUCGCAAUCUCUUUCGGCUUGCGGAGACAAUGAAUUUGACAUUACUUCAAACUCUACACCUGCUAAGCGUCUUUCUGCAGCAAUUCAAGUUGACGACAUUGCAUCUCCGCCUUUGACAACAACGAAGCGUUCAUCCACAAAGAACGCCAAGCAUAUCAAACUUGAAUGAACUACUUAUGAUGGACACAAUUCCAAUUCCAUAUGUCAUUCACUUUUUUGAUACAAUUGAAUGACAAAUUAAUGUCCUCGAAUCCUUGCUGUCCAAGUUUAAUAUGGAUCUCAUUUUGAAUUAUCAGACAAUAUUUUGCUGACUUCAUUUCAACUUCUGCAUCUGCUAUUUUAUGUUGAAGAACCUUUACUAUGAAACUCCCUUGAAAUUAUUAAUUAUGUAAUAUUAUCUAUGUGUUGAAUCAUCUAACUUGGAUAACUUCUA